AUAAAAGAAAAAGAAAAUAACUGUUCUUCCGACGAUUGGAAAAUGUCAUAAAUUUUGCUUCGGGUUUGUUGACUUUGAAACAAUUUGUUGGAAGAAAGGAAGACCAAGAGAUUACUUCCAUUUUCCCUGAAUUCCUUUGAUUUCAACGAGAUGGACGAUGAAAGCAAUGCCUAUACUGUGGAGGAAGCUCUUGUUACUAUGGGCUUUGGAAAAUUCCAAGUUCUUGUGCUCAUAUAUGCUGGGAUGGGUUGGAUUUCUGAAGCCAUGGAAAUGAUGCUUCUCUCUUUUGUGGGACCAGCCGUGCAGUCUGCAUGGAAUCUUUCUCCUCAUCAAGAGAGCUUACUUACUAGUAUGGUUUUUGUUGGAAUGUUAUUUGGAGCCUACACAUGGGGCAUUGUUUCAGACAAUUAUGGAAGGAGGAAUGGAUUUUUCGUGACAGCAAUGAUUACAGCAUUAGCAGGUUUCUCAAGUUCUAUGGCCUCAAAUAUAACAGUGCUGAUUAUCAUGCGUUGUCUAGUUGGUGUUGGCUUAGGAGGAGGCCCUGUACUUUCGUCAUGGUUCUUGGAGUUCAUUCCUGCUCCAAAUAGAGGCACUUGGAUGGUAGUUUUUUCGGCUUUCUGGACGAUCGGGACAAUUUUUGAGGCUUCGCUUGCUUGGGUUGUGAUGCCAAAACUGGGCUGGAGAUGGCUACUUGGGUUUUCUUCCAUACCCUCUUCAUUGCUUCUUUUGUUCUACGGUUUCACCAUUGAAUCACCGAGGUUUUUAUGCGCAAAGGGGAGACGAGAAGAAGCAUUACUUAUCCUGGAGAAAAUAUCGAGAAUUAAUGGAGCGAAACUGCCCCCUGGGAUGCUUGUUUCUGACAGAGAAGCUGCGGGGGCGGAAGGUAAUGGCUCUGGCUCUGCAUCAGAAGAUAGACAUUUGCUGUCACCAAAGGCAGAAGAAAGUGUAAAAUCUAAACCGGUGGAACCUGCCACAGGAUGGUUUUCUUCACUGGUUAUGCUUCUUUCACCAGAAUUAGCUAAAUCGACUCUCCUUUUGUGGACGGUUUUCUUCGGGAAUGCGUUUUCUUAUUAUGGCCUCGUUCUGCUGACAACCCAGUUGAACAGCAGUAAAAAUAAAUGCACUGCUACGGGGGUGCAAUCUGACACUCACGGGGGUGUUAACUACCAAGACGUUUUAAUCACUAGUUUUGCAGAAAUCCCGGGACUUCUCCUCUCUGCUGCAACGAUUGACAGGCUUGGUCGCAAACUCUCAAUGUCAUCCCUGUUCUUCAUCUGCUGCGUUUUCCUUCUCCCGCUCGUGUACCCUCAAUCCAAAACCCUAACAACCGGACUCCUGUUUGGAGCUCGCACAUGCAUCACCGCCACCUUCACCAUCGUUUACAUAUACGCUCCAGAGGUAUACCCAACGUCUGUAAGAACCACCGGGUUUGGAAUCGCGAGCUCGGUGGCAAGAAUCGGGGGCAUCGUGUGCCCGCUGGUUGCAGUAGGGUUGAUCCAUGGAUGCCACCAGACUAUGGCCAUCUUGCUGUUUGAGAUCGUCGCCUUCAUGUCUGGCGUUUGUGUCAUCUUCUUCCCCUUCGAGACCAAGGGCCGUGAGCUGAACGACAAUGUAUCCAGAACUAAGCGAGAGAAUACACUAGAGAUAAACUAAUACAGGAGUACAGGACCCCAACACAAAAGAACUUUUAUUUUUAUUUUUCUAGCUAUCUGUUUAUCUAUGGAGUUGCAUACGUUGUAUAGUCAUUCUUUUAUACGAGGAUUCAAUAAUUAAUUUUAGUCUUGGAGUUAGGUAUUAAUAACUCUAAA